UCCCCAAUUGGCGACGCAUUCUCUAACGACGCAGUUCUUCUAGCGGCCUUGCAUCAGAGUCUGGCUCCUGGUUCCCUGGAAAAUGUUGUCAAGAUGCUUGUAGACGUGACUAACAACUUCCUAGUUAAAGAUCCAUUUGAGGAGAGUCUUACAGAUUCUAUCCAGCAGCCGCGAGCAACACCUCGACAACUGUGUGAUGAACUGCUGAAGCAUCUACGAGAGCGGCAAUUGAUUCGAAAUUCCAUGAGGAAGAAUGAGCACCCCUGGUAUCCUAUUCCUCCUGACGACAUCAUUGCUGAGGUGUUAAAGCGCCUCCAAGCGCUGGAUAUAACCGAUCAAACAGAGGACCAAUUGUUGCUUCUGACGCCUCAAUUAGAAUCGCUGAGUUCCCUGGCAUCUGAUCCACGUUCUUCGGGGGCCUUUUUGUCCAGCAGCUCGGGAGGCACCAACAAUCGAAUGGCGCCAACAGCUACUGCUUUUCGGGUUCGUGUGGAGUCGAAGAACUCCGGACAGGUGGAUCUGCCUGGUCUACGUCUCUUCCCUCUCCCUUCAAAACCCUCUAUUGGAGUCAGGAUGAUGAAAUUUCAACCCUUCUCUUCGCCAGGUAAUUGCUUAUAG